UCGGCGGAAGAGAUGUGACUGUGGAGGAACCGUUUUCAGUUGUAGUGAGUUCAUGUGGGUCCAUUCACGUCUAAAAUAAUUGAACAGAGCCGUCCGUUGAAGCUGUACAUCUCUCUGUGUAGACAGACACGGCGUCUGUAGUGAAAGUACAGGCAUUUUGUCUGUUAGCUUGUGUGUUGGUGGUGUCGCUGACAGGUCUGGAGAUGUGCACCCAGACGAAGGCUGCAGCUCUGAUGGCCAACAUACCGCGGGCAGACAUCGACCCGUCCGGUGUGUUUAAGUACGUCCUGAUCAGAGUUCACAGCAAAGAGCCGGGAGACGACUCGGAGAUAGAUAUAGUCCGAGGAUACGGCUGGGCUGAGUACCACGCUGACAUCUAUGAAAAGGUUUCUGAGGAGCUGGAAAAUAGCGGCGACCUGGACUGUGAGUGUAUCGGAGGAGGGAGGAUCAAACAUGAUCCACAGGACAAGAAGAUCCACGUCUAUGGAUACUCCAUGGGAUAUGGAAGAGCAAACCACGCAGUAGCCACUGAGAAGCUGAAGGCUCGGUAUCCAGACUAUGAGGUGACCUGGGCCAAUGAAGGAUACUGAACUGCACUAAAAUCAGCCUCUAAUGGACGCUCUUUCUCAAGGACUGACAUGGCACUUACCUGUAACCCCUCACGCAAACACAGAGCAUGUCAUUAAGAAUAAUUCAGAGUCUGAUGAGGAGCUUUUUGAUACCACAUUAAUAAUCCAAGACUGAGACUGACAUGCAGCGACAGGUCUGAUCAGAACACAAGCCUUCUCUGGCUUAUUUUUAUGUGACGUAACUUGAAUAACGAUAUAGCAAACAGUGUUUUUUCAUAGCUCUGUUUGGAGCUAAAACAAAUACAUGAUUAUUGUCAGUAGUGUGACAUCUCAUCUGGAAUUAUAGAAUAAAUAAUUGGUCAUUA